AGGUCCGUUUCCAGUCACAGGGUUGUUCCUUAUCACGUUGCCCAUACAGGGAAUUUGCAGGGAAUAAGAUUCAUACUUUGUUUUGGAUGAAAUGUGGCUGCAGAGAAGUGUGCGGCAGUAUUCUAGAACCAUACGGCUAAGCUCGGUAGCCAUAUGGCAGCCAGAAGCUCCCCAGUCACAGCCCCAUCUUAUCACCACGCCGAUAUUCUACGUGAAUGCUGCUCCCCACCUCGGACAUGUGUACUCUGUUUUACAAGCCGAUGCUCAACAUCGAUAUGCCGCACUUUAUGGGGAGAAGACCAGACUGAGCACAGGAACAGAUGAACAUGGUAUGAAGGUACAGCAGGCUGCAGAGUCACUAGGCAAAGACCCAUAUACAUUCUGUACAUCAGUAUCUCAUCAGUUCCGUGCAGUAUUUGAUGCUCUUGACAUUUCCUACACUGAUUUUGUACGCACAUCAGAAUCUCGUCAUGCUCAGACAGUAAACCAUGUUUGGCUGCAACUGGAGGAAAAAGGAUACAUUUACAAGGGAACUUAUCAUGGCUGGUAUUGCACAUCUGAUGAAGCAUUUUUGAGUGAUGGACAAACUGCAAUGAAAACAGAUGACAAAGGAAACCAGAUCAGAGUGUCUUUGGAGAGUGGACAUCAGGUGCACUGGAUGAGUGAAGAGAACUACAUGUUUCGUUUGUCCACAUUCCGUCCCUUGCUCCUACGUUGGUUGCAGACAGAACCAGUGCGUCCUGCCAAUUUUCAACGUAUUGUAAGCCAGUGGCUAGAGGAUGAACUUCCCGAUCUGUCUGUGUCUCGGCAGCGUAGUCGUCUUACUUGGGGUAUACCUGUUCCUUCUGAUCCAUCUCACACCAUUUAUGUCUGGUUUGAUGCUCUAGUUAACUACUUAACUGCUGCUGGAUACCCCAAUCCACAUUUGGCACCCUGGGGCCCCUCUACCCACAUCUUAGGUAAGGAUAUUUUACGUUUUCAUGCUAUAUACUGGCCAGCAUUCCUGCUUGCUGCAGGACUGACACCACCACGGACAUUACUUGUCCAUUCUCAUUGGACUUGUGGAGGAGUUAAGAUGUCCAAAAGUCUGCAGAAUGUGGUGGAUCCAAUAGAAUGUGUGAAAAGUUACACAAAAGAUGGCCUCCGCUAUUUUUUACUGCGCAGUGGUGCCCCAGACCAUGACUGUGAUUUUAACCAUUAUACAGUCCGUACAUUGCUAAACUCAGAGCUUGCAGAUGCCCUAGGAGGACUGUUAAAUCGAUGUACAGCAUACACCAUAAAUCCCAUGCAGCGUUUCCCCUACUACAACCCCGACAGUAUACCAUCCUCUGCUCAUGACCAAUUGCAGGAUUUAUUGAGAUCAUUGCUGGAGCUGCCAGCAGAAGUGUACCAAUGGGUGGAGAAAUUUCAAGUGAACAAAGCCUUAGAGGCAAUUGAUGCCAAAGUACGACAGGCUAAUGCUUUUUUUCAGUCCCAGGCCCCAUGGAAGCUUUACAAAGGAAAUAAUAAAGAGGUUGCCUGGGCUGAAUCUGUACUUUAUAUCACACUUGAGGCAAUGAGACUUUAUGCCACUCUGCUGCAACCUGCAGUUCCUGGUCUUGCUAAUGUUAUUCUAAAUCGCCUUGGGGUUUCCCCUGCCCACAGAACACUGAAAGAAAACCACUUCUUAAAUGCUGCCUUAGGAAGGCACUGUUUCUAUCAGGGUCAAUCUUUGGGGCCUGACUGUGGACUGCUAUUUCCUAGACUAGAAAAAAAAGAUGGCGAGGAACAAUUUGCAGUCCGCAAAAAAGAUUAUAGAGAAACACAAUUAGUUUAACUUUUUUUUUGUUUGUUUCUUUUGCACUAUGUACU